CUCGCCGCUCGCUUGCCGGCCCACGCUCCGACCCUCGACCUCAUAGUCGUCCUUGCUUCACUCCACCAUCAUCUUCCACCCUUUACCUCAUAACAGUCUCCUCGCCCAUUCCGCGUCGGAGUCAUAUACUUCCUCAAUUUCGACUGCUAGUCUUUGUCGUUGUCGGAGCACUCUCAGAACAUCAUCUUUCGCUCGUGUUCGACUCUAUCGUCGCUACUCUGUUCUCGCACUGCUGUAACCACCUCGCCUCAUUCUCUAUACUAUGGCCCCCGCUCUGACCCAUCCGACGGCCGUGAACUUCAUUGACGAGCAGCGGGCUGUCAAUGCUGACGCCGCCACUUACUACGGCGGCGAAGAGCAGUUUAGUCGCUCACGGACGUACAGUGCCUCCUUCGCCCACGGAUACAAUCCCAAGCGUGCGCCUGCCUUUAACGAUGACUGGGUUCGCAGAUCGCGACGCAUGUCGCACGACGAGAAAGGGACGGGCCCCAGGCGGUUCUUGAUUGACGUUGAGGAGACGAUCCGUGUAGUCCUAGAGCAGGAGGACACAGAUGGUGACUUCCAGAUCAGUGUGACAGAUGCUGGUCCCAAACUCAUGUCUCUUGGGACUGCGACGAGCAACGGCUUUAAGACGUUCGACAUCCGAGGAACGUACAUGCUCUCCAACCUCCUCCAGGAGCUGGCCCUCGCUCGCGACCAUGGCCGCAAGCGUAUUGUACUAGACGAGGCGCGUUUGACAGAGAACCCUGUGGAUCGCCUGUCUCGCAUGAUCAAGAACUCGUUCUGGCACGCAUUGACUCGUCGCAUUGACGGAGACGGACUUGAGAUUAUCUGCGCAGACCCAAAGAAUCGUACCGGCCGCGUCAACCCCCGGAUCUACGUACCGCACGGCGAGCCUGCAAUGGCUGAGUACUAUCGGAGGGUCGCGGCAGACAAGCCGCAUCUGAACCUUGACGUCCAGGUCCUUCCGCCUGUGCCGGAUGACCCGUACUUCGUGAGGAGCCUGAACAACAAGCCUGGUAUCUUGGCUCUUGCUAUGAACGAGAUUGACGACGGCAGGGGUGGCAGGACGUUGAAGGGCAUCCCGUUCGUUGUGCCAGGUGCUCGUUUCAACGAGCUGUACAACUGGGACUCGUACUUCAUCUCCCUCGGGCUCUUGGUUGAUGGCUACGUCAACCUCGCUAAGGGCAUGGUGGACCAUUUCGUCUUCGAGAUCAAGCACUACGGCAAGAUCCUGAACGGUAGCCGGAGCUACUACCUUUGCCGGACGCAGCCGCCAUUCCUUACGGACAUGGCCCUCCAGAUCUACAACCAGCUCGACCGCUCCGACAUGGAAGCAAACCGUGCAUGGCUCAAGCGCGCCAUCCAGGCCGCCAUGAAGGAGUAUCACACCAUCUGGGUGGCGGAGCCGCGCAUGGACCCGAAGACGGGUCUAUCUCGAUACCGCCCCGAGGGACUCGGCAUCCCUCCCGAGACGGAGGCGACGCACUUCACGCACAUCCUGGAGCCCUACGCGGCGAAGCACGGGGUGUCCGUGCUCGAGUUCAGCGAGCGCUACACCGAUGGCACCAUCAAGGAGCCGGCGCUCGACGAGUACUUCCUGCACGACCGCGCCGUACGCGAGUCCGGGCACGACACGACGUACCGGUUCGAGAAGCGCUGCGCCAACCUCGGCACGAUAGACCUCCAGGCGCUGCUGUAUAAGUACGAGGUCGACAUCGGAACGGCGAUCAGGGAGGUGUUCGACGACGAGCUCGAGCUGGACGAGGACUUCCCUUUGGCGCCGUUCCCGCCGUCGCCCGAGUCGUACGCGAACCCGCAUCGAGAAAGCUCCAAGGCCAAGCCGCAGAGCAGCGCGAUCUGGUUCGAGAGGGCGGCGUUCCGAAAGAAGGCCAUCGACAAGUACUGCUGGAACGAGACGAAGAGCCUGUACUUCGACUACGACACCGUCCAGGAGAAGCAGAUUCUAUACGAGAGUGUUACGGCGUUCUGGACGCUGUGGGCUGGGUGUGCGAGCGAGGAGCAAUGCUGGAAGCUGAUCUCGAACUCGCUCAAGAAGUUCGAAGUCCUAGGUGGGCUUGUGUCAGGGACGGAGGAGUCCCGCGGAAAGAUUUCGCUCGAUCGGCCUAACCGCCAGUGGGACUACCCCUAUGCUUGGCCCCCUCAUCAAAUCAUGACCUGGGUCGGUCUUGAGAGGUAUGGCUACCUCGAGGACGCCCAGAGGUUGGCGUACCGCUGGCUCUACAUGAUGACGACAGCCUUUGUGGACUUCAAUGGCGUAGUCCCGGAGAAGUUUGACGCGGUCAAGCUUUCCCAUCUGGUGGAUGCCGAGUAUGGUAACCAAGGUGUUGACUUCAAGAUGGUUCCGAGGGAGGGCUUCGGUUGGAUGAAUGCCGCCUACCAAGUCGGUCUGUCCUUCCUCUCGACAGGGAUGCGUCGUGCAGUGUCCACAUGCACCAGCCCAGAAGUGGUCUUCGGCGCGGCUGGCAACCUGCAGCCUGUGAACGCCCCGGUGUACUCGUCCGCGAACACUGAUCCGCUCGACCUCGCCAUGGAGCACUUGCAGCUCUCCGCACCUCGGGAGGCUGUCACUAGUCCGACGUCAGCCUAAUCUAUGAUGAAAUUAUGGCCUGCGUACGUACUACCCUAAUUCAACGUCCCUCCCAAGGGCAUAAUCCUUGUCCACGCGUCUACGUUUGUUCUGAUCGCUAUCCCAGCAGUUUCUUCCUCCUGAUCACAAGUCUUGUCCA